AUGUCGGGAUCAUUCCCUAGUAAGACAGUUGACUCGGAAAGUGCUCAUCCAGCUGGCACGACGAAGCCAGAGCGUCGGGAUUUAGGAUACAAAGAGCCAGGUGUCAGAUCUACUCACCCUCAGCCAAGUUUCAAACCGCAGUUGUUCGAUCAUGGAAUUCCACAUGAAGCUCUUGUCAGUUCUGUCGCUCCACCUGCCAUCGUAAAUCCAGAGCUCCAGGAGGAAACUAUCGCCACUUCACCUGUGGAGUUUUCUCAAUCUGAGAUAGCUCCUCCAGCUGCUAACACUGAAACGGCCCGAAAUGUGAAAGCGCCAGUACCGAGAGUCAGCACAAAGCAAGAGCUACCGGAUCCACGCCCAACAGAGAUCCUAGACCAAGGAAUUCCACAUGAACUUCUUGUCAGCGCCUCUGCCCCCAACGUCAUCAUAAAACAAGAACGUCAAGAUGCUGAAUACAUGGAGGAGGAGCCUAUUGAGCGUGUCCCCGAAAAACUGCUCACUAACCGUUUCUUCAUCAAAUUGGAGUCAUUUUUGAAUGAAAUGGAAUCCAAUGAGUUGAGAGGUCUACUCCAACGAAUAAAGGAAGUCAGAGAGAAUGGAGAGACUAGUGGACUCAAGUUCAACGCAGAAACCUUAUCAGUUGUUGUCGAUGUCUUGUUGGCCUCUUUGGUUAAAAAGAGCAUGAAUGACGAGAUUUGUGAACGGUCGACACUGCUCCCAUUAAUGGACGAAGUGUUGGAUAAGUUUUUGUUUCAAAUGAAAGCGAUUGGAUGCUCCAAAAUGACACUUGAUGUCACUAUGCUUGUAGAGUCUGAGAAGAAGAGGAUUAAGAAGGAAGUAACGAGAGUGAGCUAUAAACUUAUAGCUGAUCAAUUCUCCAAAAUGAUUGAUAAUUUGAUGCCACUUUAA